AUGGCUUCGUCUCUGUUGCGCAAAGAGUCAACGACCAUAGAUGCUAUUCGAGUUUCGGUCCAGGCGUACGACGAAUCGCAUAUCCUCUCGAAGCGUCCCUGGAUGCUCUACGAUGUCGAGGAGGACUUGGUCAAGGAUAUGACCGACUUCAUGCCAGAGUGGUACGACUAUCUGAAGAAGUCUGGAUCAGAGUUCUCGCCAUUCCCGCCGUUCUGGAUCGUGUCUCACGUCUGGGGCACAGCAGUCUCACUGGGUCUCCCUGAACACGAAGAGACCACCAUCCAGAUUCCGGGUGCCGAAUGGGGAGUUCCGAUGUGGCCUGUUAGCAAGUGGGACAGUAUUCUCGGCUUCUGUCGCGAGAAGCACGUGCGGUGGCUCUGGAUGGACGCGCUGUGUGUCGACCAGCGCACGGACGACGACGACCCAGAAGUCCGCAAGAACGCGGCGAUCUCAAAGGCGCGUGAAAUGCAGAACAUGGGUGAAUACUACCGGAUUGCGGAGGGGUGUCUCGUUCUCCCUCAGGGCGGAGACGGCUUCUCGACGAAUUACCGUGCGUUGCUCAAGAUCUAUCAGGAUACCAUUAUACCUAGGGUGCCUAUCCACAAGCCAGCUCGUGCGCUGUGGAAAGGUGCUGAGCAUCUGGCGGUUCUUGCUGGCGACGACUACUUCCACAGGAUGUGGACCUUUCAGGAGUUGCUCCUCUCUACGCGGCGCUAUCUGCUAGACAAGACGGUGCUCAAUCUGAGUCUCCUGCAAGACAUGACGAGGUGGUACAUACGCUUCUUUGAGGCUGGGGCGUGCGAGCUACCGUCGGGGAGCCAAGAAAUUGAUACAGAGAAGCUGAUAAAGACUCUGAAAGAGCUGGAUGGACAGUGGAGCCUGCGUGACGAGCUGCGCGCGAACGGUUAUAUCAACGCUCUGAAGCUUCUCGCGCAUACUGCUGGAAAGGGCUACAUGUACAGGGUGGACCGCCUUUUUGCUCUCUACGGCUUGCUUAGGGACGACGACAAGAUUCCCAUCGAAGUGGACAUGAUUUUGGCGCCGCGAAAGGGACCCAUUGAAGACCAGAAGUUUCUGCUUGACGUUUGCUGCAAGAUGAUGGGAAAGGCUUUUGUUCGGGGAGAUUUUUCACCGCUCUUGAACGAUUUCGAGCAUCCUCGCGGAGCGUUGGUUGGAAGAAGCUGGAUACCGUCUCCUCUGGCCAGCAAAGACGAUAUUAUCUCAGGUCUUCAUGCUGAGGUCUUUUCCCAGCCGCAUCGCAACACUCGGUCGAUUUCUGUUUCGUCCGAGGGCUUGUAUCUGGACGUCAGAUUGGUUGGCCUGGUACUACGGGGAUGCAAAGACUUUGAUGAUAGGGGUAACGCGUUGGGGGAUGCCAUCUUUGCUAUCUGGGACCUUGGUCGGAGAGGGUUUGACCGUCGGCCUGCUGAACAUCAGCUGGUCUUGGCUGCUAUGGACGGUUUGAAAUGGAGCAACAGGGCUCUCUCAUUCCGAGAGUGCGACGAGACGGUGAAGCGUGCGCUGAACUUACCAUCGAUUGAUGCGUGCGUCGAAGCGUUCAAGGACAGCGGCUUAAGUGAGUUGGUUCGCGCGGGCGGCAGCCUGCCUGGAGGCAUUAUGUCGGGCAACCACCGAGCGAUCAUCGUCAACGCCUCGACCAACGACAAUCCCAAGGCAAGACCGCUCAUCGUCAUUGCGUGGUUGGAUCGUCGCCUGUCGCUUCCAGCAAGGUGCGUGGUUCUAGAUGUUACGAGCGGGGCCCUCCAGGAAGCGAAGCGGUGGAUGAUUGCGGAAUACUAUGAGGAUCGGCCAAGAGUCUACAAGAAAGUAGGGUCUGUCGCCGCCAGUGCGGUGGAGUGGAUGAGGGCUAAAGAGUUAAGAUUCAGAGCACUUCUUACUUAA